AUGUCUCAGCCCCUGCCUGUGCCCGCGCCGGCGGCAGCCUCCUCGUCGGACUCGGACUCAGACUCGCUAUCGGCCUCGCUGCGACUCGACGACACCAAGGACAAGCCGCCGCCGGAGUCUGCGUCGCACGUCAGUGAGAAAGGCGGCGCAGCUAAAGAAGACGAUUCAAGUAGUGCAGGUGGUUCCAGCGGCAGUGCCAGUGACAGUGCCAGUUGCACCAGCUCCGCAAGCGAGGCCGUGUCCGACUCGGCCUCCGUCUCGGCAUCCGACUCGGCCGCAGUUGAUGUCGAGAGUGACGAUUUGGAGAUGCGCAGAGAGGUCGCGGACAUUGUCGAGGGUAACGAAGGAGUAGGAGACGAUGUCGAUGGUGGCGACGAGGCCGAGCUUGAUGCCGGGCCAGAGACCAGUCCCGAAUCGGCCGUAGAGCCCGAGGUCGACGUCAAGAUCGGCAAAGAACUCGAUGACGGUUCAGAGUUGGGUGACGAGGCCGAGCUUGAUGCCGGGCCAGAGACUAGUCCCGAACCGGCCGUAGAGCCCGAGGUCGACGUCAAGAUCGGCAAAGAACUCGAUGACGGUUCAGAGUUGGGUGACAAGGCCGAGCUUGAUGCCGGGCCAGAGACUAGUCCCGAACCGGCCGUAGAGCCCGAGGUCGACGUCAAGAUCGGCAAAGAACUCGAUGACGGUUCAGAGUUGGGUGACGAGGCCGAGCUUGAUGCCGGGCCAGAGACUAGUCCCGAACCGGCCGUAGAGCCCGAGGUCGACGUCAAGAUCGGCAAAGAACUCGAUGACGGUUCAGAGUUGGGUGACGAGGCCGAGCUUGAUGCCGGGCCAGAGACUAGUCCCGAACCGGCCGUAGAGCCCGAGGUCGACGUCAAGAUCGGCAAAGAACUCGAUGACGGUUCAGAGUUGGGUGACGAGGCCGAGCUUGAUGCCGGGCCAGAGACCAGUCCCGAACCAGCCGUUGAGCCCGAGGUCGACGCUGGUGCAAACGCCACAAUCGCAGAUUGUGCCGAGCUGGCGAUUGAGCCCGGGUAUGACACCAAGGCAGAAGAUGAGCCCAGCGCCCGCACUGACUCGGGUGCUGCUCUUGAUGGCGCUUCCUAUGCCGAUGGCGGAGAUUCCGUGCUGCUCAUCCCCGCUGAUGAUGGCGGUGAGACCAACUCUUGGGCCACGACUGAUCCCGACCACUCACUUGCCGACGACCCCAUCGAUGCCGCCGCGGCCGAGCACGACCACGAGCACGACUACGAGCACGAGCACGAGCACGAGCCCGAGCCGGGCUCUAUUCUCGAGCGCCGUCAGAGCCUCGGUCUCGAGCACCCGACGCUCAAGCGCCCACCCGGCCCGUUCGCUCGCCAUCCACCGUCGCUGCGCUACUCGUUGGCUGCAGAUGACAUUGUGUUACGCAUUCGCGCUGCCAACCUCGAGGCGGACGACGACAACAAUGUCUGUGAUGUAGAGCCAGAGCCGAAGCCAGAAUCAGAACCAGGACCAGAGCCAGAACCCGAGCCAGACCUUGUCUCGCUGCCCUCCAGCACUGAUGCUGUGGCUGUGAGCCCCACUCGCCCCAAGCCCGCCAACGCCGUCGCCAGCCCCGAGCCCACCACGCCUGAUGUCGCUGCCUUGGCCGUCGUUGCCGCUGUUGUCGACUCGCCGCCGCCUCUUCUCCCUGCCAAGGCAAGCCCGGUUCAUCUUUCAGAGUCGUGCCCAUCGUCGUCACCCGAGCCCGAGCCCGAGCCCAAGCCCGAGCCUGAGCCCGAGCUCGAACCCGAGUCGUGGCAGUACAGCUCAAGCAGCUCAACACCCACGGCCUCCGCCUCCGCCUCGCCUUCCAAUCCCGCUCCCGCUACCGCGUCUACUUCAGACUCGGAUGACUCAUACAACUCGUCGUCGCUGCCACCAUCACCGCCGCAACUCGCGCCCGAGUCCGAGCCCGACACAGCAAAAGCGGUUGCGCCUCCGCUGCCGAUUGCCGUCGAGCCGCCGCUCGACCCGCUUGACGCCGAGAUCAUCGAGCUCGAGCGACAACUGUUUGCUCUCCCACCAGCUGUCGUCGCACUCGACACCCGCGAUGAUUCCGUCGACCCUGCGGCUGCCAUUGUCUCGGUCGAGCACACCCUGCCGCACCGCAAGGAACCGCUGGUUGUCAAGGUCUCGCGCUCCAUCAUUCGCGCCCGCGAGCAUGUUGCCCUCUCCGACUCGCGGCAACGCCCCAAGUUCCGCGCCCGAGACGACACUUCUUGGGUCGCCACCUCGAUGCAUCCGUUUGCGCUCCGCCGCCACGCCCUGCCUGCAGACAGCGAGCUCGGAUCCGUGCCGCGCCCGAUUGACAUGGACGUCGUCACCGCGCCGCCGCGCGACCCGCGCCCCGCCUACGUCGAGCCAACCCCGAGCGUCGAAGCCCGAUUCGCCGCUGCAGCUGCGCUCGAGUCUGCAGACCCGGGCGCCGCCGCUCAGGGCCGUGCUGCUGGUUUUGCCACCACUUUCAAAGCCUCUGACUUUGAUGCGCUCAUGCCCGAGCCGCUGCCCGAGGUUCGGAACAAGAAGAAGUUCACCGUCGUCAAGUCGGACGCGCUGCUCACGCCGCUGCGCAAGGCGCUCCCGCCGCAGCACCGACCGGUCUCCGCCGCCAAGGAUGCCAUAGCGUCGCCACUUGCAGCCUCGCCAAACUCGCGCCGUCCGGCAUCAGCGUCGCCGCGGACUCGCACCCGCCGCACUGGUAUCAAGACUUACGCUGCGUACGGGGCCCGGUCCAAGGCCGACGACCCAUACAUUUUCCUCCGCACUGGCCUCCGCAAGGGCUCGACGCUGGCCUCGGCGCGAAACACCAAGCCUGCUUCCGGCUCGCCGCACGGCCGCUACCGCCGCCCGCAGGGCGCAAGGCGUCGGACCCCACCGCGCCAAGGCUCCGCCGAACCCAAAGCAUCCUCGAUCUCGCCGCUCAUGCAUCCGCCGCCGGCGCUGCAGCGCGAUGCCCUCGCCGUUCACAUCUCGCUCAAGUCACUCUACGCAGAGCCGAGCAGAGCGCCACGCCAGGACACAAGUCCGGUCCCUGCCUCGGCCCACGCCUCGGCCUCACCGCCGCGCUCCACGCGCGGCGAGGUCGACAAGACCGUCUCGCCGCGCCACACCAACUCGCGCCCGUCGCGGCCAGCAGGCCUCUUCCCCGGCACCGAUAUUGAGCACCUCGGCCCGCACACGCGGAGGCGCCGCCGGCACAAGUUCCGCCGCCGGCGGUCCCGGUUUGUCGGCGGUCCGUCGUCGCCGCAUUCGCUCACCUCAGAGGCAUUUGUGGACUCGCACGACUUCUCGUCGCAUUGCUCAUCGCACUCGCGCUCGCUGCUCCUUGCAUCGGGCCUCGAGCUCCCGUCGGAAUUGCAGUCGACGGCAAGUCCGUACACCCGCUCGCGACGGACAACUCGUGCCAAUGGUGGUGACGAGUCGGCCACGUACUCGUCAACAACAACGCCGACAGCAUCCGACAACGACGUCGAACUCGACUCUGCCGACUCGAGCCUCGCACCGCACGGUUUGGCGCUCGCACGACACAAGGUUUGGACUGCACACGCGGUCGACGCGUACGUUGAGCAGCAGGCUGCGCUCCCCGCGCUCAUCGGGCACUCCAUCUGCGCCUCGGACGAGUUUAUCAUUGUCUUUGGUGGCCUCGACGCCCGCCAGUUCCCGUCCAAAGCGCCAACCAACACCGUGUACGUCUCGCCCAAGGCCGAGACCCGGUACUGCGAGCUGACGGCCACAGGCCGCCCGCCGUGCCCGCGCUAUAACCAUGUCGCCGUCCUCGUCGGCCGGCACAUGUAUGUAUACGGCGGCAUGACGACAUCGCCUCGCGGCGCCGAGGUGGCCACCUCGCGUACCAUGCACCGCCUUGACCUCGCCUCGCGCAAGUGGUCUCGGGUCACCACCACCGGCCAUGCCCCGCCGACCGGACACACCGUCCUCUCGGGCUACACAGUUGACGAUAAGGUGUUCAUCAUGGUCGGCACCCGUGACGACUACGACGGGCCGACUCCGCUGUUCAUCCUCGACACCCGGCUCCACCGCUGGGUCCAGAACGAGUGCCACUGCCACGAGUGCGAGGCUGCCAUGAUCCGUCCUGCGCUCUUCACCGAGGCGACGGCGCUCUAG